CCGGGAUGGUGAAUUUGGCGGCCAUGGUGUGGCGCCGGCUGCUGAGGAAGAGAUGGGUGCUCGCCCUGGUCUUCGGGCUCUCCCUCGUCUACUUCCUCACCAGCACCUUGAAGCAGACGCCUUCUCAUAGUCGAGUGUUGCCUUUUCUCUGAUGGACCUCUGUUGAAUGUUCCAAGAUUCAGUCCUCUGCCUUCUUCUCUACCUGACGCAGGAGGAGAGGGCAGUGAGAGAUCGGAAUCUCCUCCAGGUUCAAGACCAUGAUCAGCCCAUUGCCUGGAAAGUACAGUUUAACUUGGGCAAUAGCAGUCGGCCAAGCAAUCAGUGCCGUAACUCCAUUCAAGGGAAGCACCUCAUCACGGAUGAACUUGGGUAUGUUUGUGAAAGGAAGGAUUUGCUGGUGAACGGUUGCUGUAAUGUCAACGUCCCCAGCACAGAGCAGUAUUGCUGCAACGGCUGCCUGUCUAACGGCUGCUGCAGCGCGUACGAGUACUGUGUCUCCUGCUGUCUGCAGCCCAGCAAGCAACUGCUCCUGGAGCGCUUCCUCAGCCGGGCAGCCGUGGCGUUCCAGAACCUCUUCAUGGCGGUAGAAGAUCACUUUGAAUUGUGCUUGGCUAAAUGCAGGACCUCAUCCCAGAGCGUGCAGCACGAGAACACCUAUAGGGAUCCCAUAGCAAAGUACUGCUAUGGAGAGAGCCCUCCCGAACUCUUCCCUGCGUGAUGGGCACAGAGGACUUAAAGCAGGGUGAAGAGGGCGCUGCAGAAGAACUACCAGCCUGAAGCCCGACUUCGGUGUUCACGCUGCCUCGGCGGAAGAAGACAAAGGCGGCGUGAAGAAACCUUGGCUUUGACCCUUUCUUGUGUUGUACGCUUUGGCUUCACUCAGUGCCUGGGCUUUACCAGAUGGAACUGUACUGUAAAGCAGCCUGGAAACUCUAGCUCCCUCACCUGGAAAAGACUAAACUGCGGGCCGAGCUUCCAGGCCUGUUGACAUUCUUGGAUGACUCUACGGUUCCAUGACUUGUGUUACCUCCAUGUCAAAACUCAAGUUUUCACUUACACUUUUGACCUGGGCCCUUCCACUGUAAAAUUAUUUAUUGAAUUUCUUUGGUGUAGUAGGAAAGGUACAAUGUUUUGUGUAGGAAAAUGCAUUGCCUUUCUAGUUGACUAUAUUCAAGGAAAUUUAGUUGUUUAUUGUUGUCCUGUGUUCUUGUAUUUCAUGAGUUAAAUUAUCCUGUUGCCCAGGUAAAAUGUUUUGUCUCUUAGAACGUGGAUUUUCUCUCUAGGAGGUUAUUUUUGUUUUUGUUUUAACAGCAUCUUCCAGAGUGGGCCUUGAACACCAACCUUCUAACCAUACACUGACAUAUAAAAUUACCCGAAAAGUUGAAGACACUGUUCCAUUCUAAUCACAUGCAAGAUCUACAGCAGUUGGUACUCUAAGACUUGCAGUUGCAAAAGUGCAUAGCUAGCCUGUGUUUAGAAAAAGAAAAGAAAGCCCAACUUCCUGUCAAAGCGCUGGAAAAGACUUUCAGGCGUGCCCUGGGUCAGGGGAGGGGGCUGUGUUUGACUGUCACGGCUUAGAGGAUGCGGGCUGGUGGAUUGCGGUAUGUCCUGGAUCCACACACUUGAGAGGCUCCUUGUUUUUCUGCUGUAACACUGAAUCUCUCUAGCUUGAGGCUUAAAGUAUUAGGUCCUAAGGUCAGGCUAUUGUGCCCCUUCAAUAGUACUGCUUUUUGAUUUCGGGAGCCACGUUAACUCACAACCCUUUUAGAAUCCCCCACUAUCCCUGGGAUUGGACAAGCCUCUUUCAUUUUCUUGGUUGUUCACAUCGUGGACCUAGGAACAGGGCUCACCACUCGCCAUCUUACCACGUGGAGUUUACCCAUCACGUUGAACUUACGUCUAGUUUUACGAGGAGCUUUCAGUGCUUUUUUCUGUGACGCUUUCUCCUUUGGCCGUGUUUGUCUUCCAGUAUGUUUUUACAGUAUGUAGUGGUAAUCCUUAACUUCCUCCUCCUACCUUUCACACUUACCUUCCCAAAGUACUUUGCUUCUCUAAAUAAGCCUUCUUAAAGGGUCAGCAAAAAAGAGGAAGACCCUGGACGAGGUGGAUUGACACAGUGGCUGCAAUAAUGGGCUCCAACACAGCAGUGAUUAUAAGGAUGGUGCAGGACUGGGCAGUGUUUCAUUCUGUCGUACGUAGCGUCACUAUGAGUUGGAACGAACUUGACAGCACCUGACAGCAACAACAGAGGCAGAACUGUGAGGCAGUUCUUUUUUAAUGCUAGACCCAAAGGAAUUUACUCUGUUGGCAUUGUACUUCUUGGAGUCUCUCUGUAUUCAGUGGUGCUAAAUCUUUGCAUGUGAAAGAAUUGUGGCACGUCUAGAUGUUUUACCAUCUUACUCCUUUUGGUAACUCAGAAUUUGAGUGUCUUUCCUAGGUUGUCAUUGGUGUCAACUUCUUCUUUGAGCUUAUUUUAACUCUUGAGCAAUAUAACACAGAUUUAACAUGACGAGAUUGUGUUGUAGGUCAACCACGUCUACUGACCAGUCCUCUCCAGCUUGGUAUUUGAAAAACACAUUGUAUAUUUCUAAUGCUUUCCCAAACAAUAACUGUCACCCUUGGAGAGAGAAUUAAGCCUGCUUGUAUUCCCACCUCAUUGAUGAGGAAACAGCGAGAGGCGAACUAACUUCCCAGAGUCCCCACUGAGACUUAAUGGCAGAGCCAAAACAAGAGCUUCAUCUCCGACUCCUGGUCCAACGCACUUUCCACCGCUUCUUAUCUGUUCCUAGGCUGACUCAUCUGUAAACAUCUCCCUCGAGGGUGUAUAUGUUUCAGUUGUCCAGGUCAGAAGAGGGAAGAGGUGGCGUAAAUACCAAAUUAGGUUGAUAAUCCAAAGGUCAUUUUCCUUUGGCCAUGGAAUAUGUUUUUUGUACUGUCUAUUAGUUUAUUAGGGGUAUGUUCACUGUUUUGCAAAUUCGCGACACUUCAGACUGCAUAAUGAAGCCAGGACACUGAAGGACCUGGAAUGUCGUCAGCCUCCCUAACCUUCCAACCAAGAUUCCUCUCUGCCCUCCACUCCCUGUUCUCCACUCUGAUUUGUUUCUAGAAAUAGGGACCUUGUCAUAUUUUGUAUACCAGAGCCCAGCAAAGUGUGUGAUACAUGCUUAGAGUUUAGGAAAGGGUCAUAGAAGGGGAGAAAACAUCUUUGGUUAGGAGAAAAUGUGUUAUCUGUUGGGUGUUUUGGGCUUAAAGGUAAUUUGGUAAUUCAAAGUCUUUUCCCCUCGUUCUGAUUCUUUUAUUUACCGGAGCUAUAAAGAUGAGCUAUGGGCCUAGCGGGAAAGGAAACGUACGGUAGAGUAUGAACAGAGCUCUGAUACUUCCCCCCGCCCCCCAAAAAAACUUAAACCCAUUGCUGCCAAGUCAGUUCCAACUCCCAGCUACUCUAUAAACCAAAAACCAAACGCGCUGCCGUUGAGUCAAUUCUGACUCAUAGCAACCCUAUAGGACAGAGUAGAACUGCCCCAUGGAGUUUCCAAGGAGAGCCUGGCGGAUUUGAACUGCUGACCUCUUGGUUAGCAGCCAUAGCACUUAACCACUAUGCCACCAGCGUUUCCCAGCUACCCUAUAGGACAGAGUAAAACUGCCCCACAGGGUUUCCAAGGCUGUAAUCUUUCCAGAGGCAGAUUGUUACUCUUUGGUUUCACGGAGUGGCUGGGAGGUUCGGACCGCAGACCUUUCUGUUGGCAGCUGGGUGUUUAACCGCUGUGUCACUAGGGCUCUUUGGGCUCUGAUACAGGCACAUCCAAAGGAGAGCGUGAUCACCUCCAUGGCUUGGAACCCUGGGGCUGGUAUUGGUAGCUCUUGGAAAAAGAGGCAGGGUUUUAGGGUAGUGAUUACACCUUUCAGCGUGCUCCCCAAAGAUGAUUCAGAGGGCCUCAGGGGAAUGCCUCAGUGAUUGUGAGUCCAGGGGAACUGGGGGAAGGGUUUCUAGCAAAGCUUUUACCGCCGUAGGAUUCGCAGAUAAUUUGGAAAUGUGUGGAGAUGUUGCUUAUUUGGGAUACUAUUCCUAGGCAGGGUAGAAUCCUACCUUGUAGUUAGUAACUAGGGGUCCCUGGGUGGCACAGAUGCUUAAACACUCAACUACUAGCUGAGUGGUUGGGGAUUCGAACCCACCCAGAGGUGACUCUAAAGACAGGCUUGGUGAUCUGCUCCGGAAAGGUUACAGCCUUCAAAAUCCUGUGGAGCAUCUGCUCUGCACACUUGGGGUUGCCGUGAGUUGGAAUCGACUGAUGGCAACGAACAACAGUUAGUGACUACGGGUUACUAAUGGUGUGGUCUUGGGCAGGCGUCUUACUGAGUCUCUGGCCUUUCAUCUGAAAAAUGAGGAUAACGACGUCUGCCUCCCCUGGGUUGUUGUGAGGUGUCAGUGUGGGAAAGGACCCUGUGGGGACAAUGUCAGGUCAUAAGCAAAGGUGGAGGAAAGUGGACCCCUGGUGUGGAAGGGUAAUCAUUACAUCUCUUUUUUAUUCCGUUUUAAAAGCAACUUAUGCAUGACUUUUUUCUGGACAUUUUUCCUCUAGAAAACAGCCUUAUAGUGGACAUCCUUCAAUGUUACAUAUUGUUGCUGUUAGGUGACUUUGAGUCAUUUGCGACUCAUAGUGACCCGAUGUACAAUGGAAAGAAACACUGCCCAGUCCUGCACCAUCCUCACAAUCCUUGCUGUGUUUGAGCCCAUUGUUGUAGCCACUGUGUCAAUUCAUCUUGUUGAAGGUCUUCCUCUUUUUUGCUGACCCUCUAUUUUACCAAGUGUGAUCGCCUUCUCCAGGGACUGGUCCCUCCUGACAGCAUGUUGAAAGUAUGUGAGACGAAGUCUCGCCAUCCGUACUUCUACUGAGCAUUCUGGCUGUACUUCUUCCGAGACAGAUUUGUUCGUUCUUCUGGCGGUCCACGGUGUAUACAAUAUUCUUCGCCAACACAUAACUCAGAGGCAUCAGUUCUUCUCUGGUCUUCCUUAUUCAUUGUCCAACUUGCACAUGCCUAUGAGGCCAUUGAAAACACCUUGGCUUGGGUCAGGCGCACCUUAGUUCUUAAAGUGACAUCUUUGCUUUUUAACACUUUAAACAGAUCUCUUGCAGCAGAUUUGCCCAAUGCAAUGCAUCCUCUGAUUUCUUGACUGCUGCUUCGGUGGGUGUUGAUUGUGGAUCCAAGUAAAAUGAAGUCUUUGACAUCUUCAGUCUUUUUUCCAUGAUGUUGCUGGUCCAGUUGUAUUUUUUUUUUUUUUUUUAUGUGGAGGUAUAAUUCACACUGAAGGCUGUGGCCUUUGAUCUUCAUCAAUAAGUGCUUCAUGUCUUCUUCCUUUCAGCAAGCAAGGUUGUGUCAUCUGCAUAUCACAGGUUAUUAAUAUGAGUCUUCCACCAAUCCUGAUGCCCUGUUGUUCUUCAUAUAUCCCAGCUUCUCAGAUUACUUGCUCAGCAUACAGAUUAAGUAAGUGUGGUGAAAGGAUGCAACCCUGACGCACACCUUUCCUGGCUUUAAACCAUUCAGUAUCCCCUUGUUCUGUUUAAAAAACUGCCUCUUGGUCUAAGUAUAGGUUCCUCAGUUAAGUGUUCUAGAAUUCUCAUUCUUUGCCAUGCUAUGAUCCAUGUAGUCGAAUGAUUUUGCAUAGUCCAUAAAACACAGCACAGCGUCUUUCUGGUAAUUCUCUGCUUUCAGCCAUGAUCCAUUUGACAUCAGCAGUGAUAUCCCUCAUUCCACAUCCUUUUCUGAAUCUGGCUUGAAUUUCUGGCAGUUCUGGUCAAUGUACUGAUGUAACUGCUUUUGAAUGAUCUUCAGCAAAAUUUUACUUUCCUGUGCUAUUAAUGAUAUUGUUCGAUAAUUUCCGCAUUCUGUUGGAUCUCUUUUCUUUGGGAUGGGUACAAACACAGAUCUCUUCCAGUCUUUUGGCCAGGUAGCUGUCUUCCAAAUUUCUUGGUCUAGAUGAGUAAGCGUUUCCACCGGCGCACCCAUUCGUUGAAAUAUCUCAAUUGGUAUUCUGUCAAUUUCUGGAGGCUUGUUUUUCGCCAGUGCCUUCAGUGCAUCUUGGACCUCUUCCUUCAGUACCAUCGGUUCUAGAUGAUAUGCUACCUCCUGAAAUGGUUAAACAUUGACCAAUUCUUUUUGAUACUGUGACUCUGUGUAUUCUUUCCAUCUUCUUUUGAUGCUUCCUGCGUCAUUUAAUAUUUUCCCCCUUAGAAUCUUUCAGUGUUGCAACUCAGGGCUUGAUUUUUUUCUUCAAUUCUGUUGGCGUGAGAAAUGCCGAGUGUAUUCUUCCCUUUUGGUUUUCUGUCUCCAGGUCUUGGCACAUUUCAUUAUAGUACUUUACUUUGUCUUCUGAAAUCUUCUGUUUGGUUGUUUUACUUCAUCAAUUUCUUCCAUUUACUUUAGCUACUCGACAUUCAAGAGCAACUUUCAGAGUAUCUUCUGACAUUUUUUGGUCUUUUCUUUCUUGUCUUUUUAAUGACCUCUUGCUUUCUUCAUGUCCGAUGUCCUUGAUGUCCUUCCACAACUCAUCUGGUCUUCUGUCAUUAGUGUUCGUUGUGUCAAAUCUGUUCCUGAGAUGGUCUCUAAAUUCAGGUGCGAUAUCGCAAAGAUUGUACUUUGGCUCUCGUGGACUUGCUCACAUUUUCUUCAGCUUCAACGUGAACUUGCUUAUGAGCCAUGUUCCGACUGAUUAUACUGAGAUAUUCCAUCGUCUCUUUCCACAGAGGUAGUUGAUUUGGUUCUUGUGUAUUCCACCUGGUAAGGUCCGUGUGUAUAAAACCAAACCCAUUGCUGUCGAGUCAAUUCUGACUCAUAGUGACCCUAUAAAGGACAGAGUAAAACUGCCCCAUAGGGUUCUCGGGGAGCACCUGGUGGAUUCAAACCGCGGACUUUUUGUUUAGCAGUUGUAGCUCUUAACCACUGCACCACCAGGAUUUCCUCCAUGUGUAUAAUAGUCGUUUAUGUUGUUGGAAAAUGAUAUUUGCAAUGAAGAAGUCAUUGGUCUUGCAAAAUUUUAUCAUGUGAUCUCCAGCGUCAUUUCUAUCACCAAGGCCAUAUUUUCCAACUACCAGUUCUUCUUUGUUUUCCGCUUUUCCAUUCCAGUCAUCAGUAAUUAACACUGCAUCUUGAUUGCAUGUUUGAUCAAUUUCAGCCUGCAGAAGUUAGUUCAAAUCUUUUAAUUUCUUAAUCUUUGGCCUUAGCGGUUGUUGCAUAAAUAUGAAUAGUCAUUGUUAACUAAUCUUCGUAGGCGUAUGGAUAUUAUCCUAUCACUGACAGUGUUGUACUUCAAGCUAGAUCUUGAAAUGUUUUUUUGACAAUGGACAAUGAGAUGCCAUUCCUCUUCCGUUUGUCAUUCCCGGCAUAGUAGACUGUAUGGUUGUCUGAUUCCAAAUGGUCAGUACCAGUCCAUUUCAGCUCACUAAUGCCUAGGAUAUCAAUGUUUAUGUGUUCCGUUUCAUUUUUGAUGACUUCCAGUUUUCCUAGAUUCAUACUUCAUACAUUCCAUUUUUAGAUUAUUAAUGGCUGCUUGCAGGUGUUUCUUCUCAUUUUGAGUCACGCCACAUCAACAAAUGAAGUCCCAAAAGCUUGACUCCAUCUACGUGAUUAAGGUCAACUCUGCUUUGAGGAGGCAGCUCUUCCCCAGUCAUCUUUUGAGUACCUUCCAACUUGAGGGGCUCAUCUUCUGGUACUGUAUCAGACAGUGCUCUGCUGCUAUUCAUAAGGUUUUUACUCCCUAAUUUUUUUCAGAAGUGGACUGCCAGGUCCUUCUUCCUAGUCUGUCUGAGUCCAGAAGCUCAGCUGAAAUGUCUUCACCAAGGGUGACCCUGCUGGUAUUUGUAAUACCAGUGGCAAAGCUUCCAGUAUCGCGUCAACGCACGAGCUACCACAGUACGACAAACUAUAUAAUCAUUUUUUAAAAAUUUUAUUUAUUUUUUUGCUGAGUAUAUAAUUAUUUUUAAUGGUCACAUAGUGUUCAGUUGCUUGGAUAUGCAAUAACGUAGUUAACCCUGUAUUGAAGACAUUUAUGUUGUCUCCAGGUUAGGUUUUUUUUUUUAACCACAAAUAAUGCAUCGAUAUCAUUUUACAUACUUUUUGUAUACUUAUUUCUGUAUAUUUAUACACUUACCUAGAAGCCUAUGGGAGUAUCUGUUAAUCCAUAUCCUUGAUAAUCCUGUGUUAUCGUGUAUUAACUCUUUGCUGGUGAAUCUCAAUGUUCUGUUGUCGUUGUUAGGUCCCAACUCAUAGCAACCCUACAUACAACAGAAGAAAACUGCCCGGCUCUGUGCCAUCCUCACAACCGUUGUCGUGUUUGAACCCAUUGUUGCAGGCACUGUGCCAGUCCAUCUCGUUGAGGGUCUUCCUUUUUUUCACUGACUUUGUACUUUACCAAGCAUGAUGUUCAGUGUUCUAAUUUGAGUUUAUUUUCUUUCUAGUGGGGUGAACCCUUUUCCAUGUUUUGAUGGGCCAUUUGUGAUUCAUACUUGGUGAAUUGCCUGUGUGUGACCUUGGCCAGUUUUUCUGCCUUAUUCAUACUGAUUACUACAGAACGUCCUUAAACGGAGGAAGCCUGGAGCCUGUUGCGUUUUCUCCUUAAGUCCUGUAUUACUCAGAAGCAAGUAGCUCAUACAUCACAAGCCAGCUUUUCCAGUUGAUCUAGGGCAGUGAUUGUCAACGGGAUGAUUUUGUCCCCCAGGAGACAUUUGGCAAUGUCUAGGGACAUUUUUUUCACAACUUGGUGAAGGCUUGGCGUGCUAUUGGCAUCUAGAGGGUAGAGGCCAGGGAUGCUGCUAAACAUCCUACAGCGCACAGGACAGCCCCCCACACCAAAGAAUUAUCCGGCAUAGAAUAUCGGUAGCGCCACAGAGGAGAAACCCUGUCUCAGGUCGUAUAUCUCCCUUCGGCUGAACAGAGGAGCCACCAGUAACCUAGUGCUGACUUUAUUAUUUCCCUGCACUUGCUUUCUGCUGUGCUGAAGAGCUGCUGAUUAAAUUACCCUGAAAUUCCCACAGGACACGUGUACUUCCUUGCAGGUCUCUACCAGCCCAGCGCUGCCUCCAGGUAUGGCAUUAUUACUCUGCCGUGGUGUUCUCACUGCAAUAACAUAAUCCACGAAGUGCAGAAAGCCUCUUGUCUGCAGAACGAACUGGAGGCUUGUAAACCUCUCCCCUCCCUUCCACGACAGAUUUGCUCUCAUCACUGCCUCGGCAGCUGUAUUUUGAAUGGAGUUACUUUGAGGACAGGGGGAUGGAAAAAAGGUGCUAACUGAUCUCAGUUAGAAAACCAGUUGUUCCAUAAAGAAAAUAUUACAUGAAACAAAAAACAAGCUUAUUGCUGUCAAGUCUAUUCCAAAUAAUGGUGACCCCAUGUGUUAUAGAGUAGAACUGCACUCCAUAGGGUUUUCUUGGCUGUAAUCUUUAUGGAGGGAGCCCUGGUGGCACAGUGGUUAAACUCUUGGCUGCUAACCAAAAGAUCUGAAGUUUGAACCACCAGCCGCUCUGCGGGAGAAAGAUACGGCAGCCUGCUGCUGUAAAGAUUACAGCCUAGAAAACUAUGGGACAGUUCUACUCUGUCCUACGGGGUCGCUAUGAGUUAGAAUUGACUCCACGGCAACAGGUUUGGUUUUUUGCUUUAACCUUUAUGGAAGCAAAUCUACAGGCUUUUCUUCCGAGGUGCCUCUGGGUGAAUUCAAACCGCCAACCAUUAGGUUAAUAGUCUAGCGAAGACCAUUUGCGACACCAGGGUACUUAGGUAAAUAAAUCCAACAAGAAUUCAUUGCCGUCGAGUUGAUUCUGACUCAUAGCAACCCUAUAGGACAAAGUGGAACUACCCCAAAGGGUUUCCAAGUAUCUACUGGUGGAUUUGAACUGCCAACCUUUUGGUUAGCAGCCUGAGCUCUUAACCAUCGUGCCACCAGGGCUCCACUUAAGUAAAUAGUAACAAUAAAAAAGUUAAGAAGAUAGUGGAGUUAUUGGUGUUUUCUUUCCUAACACAAGUGUUUCUCAUGUGGGGUGUGUUGUCUUCCAGGCUCUUUUCCUGUGAGGCUUUUUUUCCCCAUAGAGUCACAGUUUGACUGCAGCUUUGUGUAUCAAUGACCCCAUUUUCAUUUAGUCAGAUUACUACCACACUCCUGGUCCAGUCUGCUUUCACAUAAAGGGAGUUAAACAAGUGGCCCACAGCAGUCUUGCGGCCAGGUGGUGGGUGCAGCAGAGGGAUUCUGUUCACGCGGGCAGACUUGUGUGUGAAUGGGACCCCGGCUGUUGUCUUUGUUCGUACAACUUUAUUAAGUUCAACUCCAAAACUUUCUAUAAAAUGAAAGUAAAAGAAACAAAACAACUUUCCAGUCACAGCCAAUGGGUGAGAUAGGUUUUCAAAUACUUUAACAGAAGUUCAGUUCCCUGGUUUCUCAGGACUGCAUAUUUUACGGGAUUGGUGGGACCAAAACAUGCCGCUAUUAAAAACGCAUUGUUUGUAAGUGAAUGUGUUCAAAGUUUUUGGUAGGGUAAAUAGUUUCUUCAAAUUUGUUGGAAUUUUUUCAUAGGUAAAUUUUGUGUUCAGGGUGGAGUAAGCAAGCUUCUGGUAAGUUUGCAGUCAAAUAAUCCCAAAAUCAAAAGUCAAAAGGGUGGAAAGUCUAAAUGAGACGUCACUAUUGUCACCGAAAUUCAAGAUUUUAGACUAUGUUGGCCACGCCUUACUAUUUCUGACGAGAUGUGUUUUCUAUCCUAUAAAGGAUUGGGGUGUUGUAUCAAGUUUUAUUGGGGGGAUGUCAAGAUAGAAAGAAAUGUUGAAUUAAAUACUUCUUUGCCGCUUAGCCCUUUGUAAGUAUCUGGUCAGUUGAUGCUAAUUUGAAUGGUAAAUGUGAUGACAUUAUAUAUGCUUCUCUGGGUAUAUUUCCAUACUUUGGCUGUGUGUGUGUGUGUGUGUGUGUGUGUGUGUGUAGGUAACAACAGGAAGUAUGUGAUAGCAUCCUAAUUUUAUUGACUAGAACCACACAGGCAUUAAUGACCUUGAGUAAAUUAACCUUUUCUGGCUUUGAUUCCCACGUUUGUCAAAUGAGAGUGAUUGCCAAGGUAGCUUACAGAUUUUUAAAAUUCUGGGUUUUGCAUGUAGCCAAAGGCCCCAAAGCUUGACCAGACCCCUCAGACCCCUUGUCUCCCAGCAGUUUGGUCCUAGGCUUUGAUUCUCACGGGGUGAGUGGGGACGAGCCACGUGGAGCCUGCUUUCCUCAAACCAGGGCUCUCACCCUGCACUCUUGAUGAUUUUGACUGCACCUAACUGCUUUUUUUAACUGCUUCUGCCUCUUCUUCCGAAAUUUUUAAAUAGACGCCAUGUUCUUCUCAACGUAUCACUGCUGCUCUGCGCCUGUGAAAACAGCUGCCAUGUUUUCCAUCAUGAAAACAGCUGCCUUUUGGCAGGGAAGCACAGAGCUGCUCUACAUAAAAAAAAAAAUAGUUGGACCUUAAUACAGUGCUAAAUUACGUAGGUGUGCUUAACCCCAGCUACUCAGAGCGUCUUGGAAAUCCUAUUUAGGACUUACGUAGUCAUUGCUCAGUAAAAGGUUUUCCUUCCACUUCUUUGUACUUACAAAGCAGAAACCAUAAAACGUAGGAAAUUGCAAAGAAAUGAAAUUGUUCCAAAUUAGUUAUCUUCCUGCCCCCCAAAGGUAACUACUCAUUGAAGUGGUGACAUAAAGCUUUGCCUGGAUUUGGUAAAUAACUGUGUAUUUUGUAUUUGUAUGUAAAUAAAAGUAGACUCCUGCCAUACGUAUAAUUUGUAAAAUAAACAGUUCCCGAUGGGUUGAUUUAA